GACCAGCUCCCCAAGCCCGCCCGCUCCAGCUCCAGCUCUCGGCACCAUGGUGAAGAUCGUGACCGUCAAAACCAAAGCCUACACGGACCAGAAGCCCGGCACCAGCGGCCUCCGCAAGCGCGUCAAGGUGUUCCAGGGCAAUGCCAACUACGCCGAGAAUUUUAUCCAGAGCAUUGUCUCCACCACCGACCCCGCCGAGAGGCAGGAGGCCACCUUGGUGGUCGGGGGAGACGGCAGGUUCUACAUGAAGGAGGCGAUCCAGCUCAUCAUCCGCAUCGCCGCCGCCAACGGGAUUGGCCAUUUAGUAAUUGGACAGAAUGGAAUCCUUUCUACCCCAGCCGUGUCCUGCAUUAUUAGAAAAAUAAAAGCAAUUGGAGGCAUCAUUUUGACAGCAAGCCACAACCCUGGUGGACCUAAUGGGGAUUUUGGCAUUAAAUUCAAUACUUCAAAUGGAGGGCCUGCUCCCGAAGGAAUUACUGAUAAAAUUUUCCAAAUCAGCAAGACUAUUGAAGAGUAUGCUAUAUGUCCAGAUCUAAAUGUAGACCUCAGUACCAUUGGAAAGCAGCAGUUUGACUUGGAGAACAAGUUUAAACCAUUUACAGUUGAAAUUGUGGACUCAGUAGAAGCUUAUGCUAACAUGCUGAGGAAUAUUUUUGAUUUUAGUGCACUGAAAGAACUACUCUCAGGUCAAAACCAUCUAAAGAUUCGGCUAGAUGCUAUGCAUGGAGUUGUCGGUCCAUAUGUAAAAAAGAUCCUCUGUGAAGAACUUGGAGCAGCAGCAAAUUCUGCUGUGAACUGCAUACCCCUCGAGGACUUUGGUGGUCACCAUCCUGAUCCAAACUUAACCUAUGCUGCUGAUCUGGUCCAGACCAUGAAGACAGGAGAAUAUGAUUUUGGAGCAGCCUUUGACGGAGAUGGGGAUCGCAACAUGAUACUUGGAAAACAUGGAUUCUUUGUUAAUCCCUCAGACUCUGUCGCUGUUAUCGCUGCAAAUAUCUUCAGUAUUCCUUACUUUCAGCAGACGGGUGUUCGAGGAUUUGCCCGGAGCAUGCCAACAAGUGGAGCAAUUGACAGGGUGGCCAAAGCGACAAAGAUUGCUUUGUAUGAAACUCCGACGGGUUGGAAGUUCUUUGGAAAUCUGAUGGACGCAAGCAAACUGUCCCUGUGCGGAGAAGAGAGUUUUGGUACUGGGUCUGACCAUAUCCGUGAAAAAGAUGGACUCUGGGCAGUCUUGGCAUGGCUGUCAAUCAUCGCUGUCCGUAAACAGAGUGUGGAAGAGAUCCUGAAAGACCACUGGCAAAAAUAUGGGCGGAACUUCUUCACAAGGUAUGACUAUGAAGAAGUGGAUGCUGAUGGUGCCAACAAGAUGAUGAAGGAUCUAGAGACAAUGUUCUUUGACCGUUCUUUUGUGGGGAAGCAGUUAUCAGCGGGGGACAAAUCUUACACUGUGGAGAAAGCUGAUAACUUUGAGUACAGUGAUCCUGUGGAUGGAAGCAUCUCAAGGAACCAGGGUUUGAGGCUGAUCUUUGCUGAUGGUUCUCGCAUCAUCUUCAGACUAAGUGGUACAGGAAGCGCUGGAGCAACUGUGCGACUGUAUAUUGAUAGCUAUGAAAAGGAUGCACCAAAAAUAUAUGAAGAUCCACAGGUCAUGUUGGCUCCCCUCAUCUCCAUUGCACUGAAACUUUCACAGCUUCAUGAGAGAACAGGCCGCACCGGCCCCACAGUCAUCACAUAAAUUAACACGUGAAACCAUUUGGGACAGGUUUCAUGGAGUGACUGGCAGCUGUCAAUUGGAAUUAGCUAGUCUUCCUUGCUGUUAUCAAGUUUAUUCCUAAAAAUGCUAGCUAGCACUGUAUUUAAAAGCACUAUAAAAGGAUAUAUGUGAUAUUUUUUUAAAGUUUACACUAUGUGUAUGCUGAUAUACAUUGUCUUUUUAAUGUCACCUGUUACCUUUAUCAUUCGUGCAAUGGACUUGCUUAGUAUACACUGCCUUUUGGUUUAGCGGGAAUUGUAAGAUACAAAAACAAUGGGAGUAAACCCUGGAAAACCAUUACUCUUCCUUUCCCAGGAGUUUCUCUGCACAAAGGUGGUUUUCUUUGGUUUUAUUGGCAAUGUGUAGGCUUUCUUUUUAACUUUGUGCAACAAAAUGUACAAUCACUGUGAACAGCUGUCUUUCCAAUCACCAUGGAAUGUCUUGUUUCCAAAAGAAAAACAAGAACCCCAGAGUAUCAAUUGAACUUUGUCCCAUGAUCUGCCAUACAAUGAUUGCACUGCCAGCCCUGCACAAAAUUCACCAUUGAUACAAAUGUUAUAAGAGAUUAAAGAAAUGAAGCAGUAUCA